AGCUCGCGUCUAAAACGGAAGAUGGAUGCUAAUAACUAUAUAGAUUCAAUUCACUUUACAAAAAUAACUAAUUCUAUAGAAAUUGCAAGCGGAACCUAUGGAAUCGUCUUAAAAGGACAGUAUGAUAAUAAAACCGUAGCACUUAAACAAUUCAAACAAUACGGUGACAAUAGAAAUGUUGAAAGAGCGCUGAGAAAUUUGCGAGACGUGAGGCAUCCAAACAUCCUCACCUUGAUUGGUGAUUCAAGCAAUGGAGAUAGCUUGUAUUCAAUUAUGGAGUAUGCUGACGGCGGAUCUCUGAAAGAUUUCUUGCAUAACCCACCGUUGAUUGAGUAUACAUUUAAUCAUGUUGUCAACUGGGCACUCCAGUAUUUUUCGGCCGUUGCUUAUCUUCAUUCGAGACAACCGCCUUUGCUGCAUGGCGAUUUGAAGCCGUCAAAUAUGUUGCUAAUGGAUCACCGUCGCGUCUUGAAAAUCUCUGACUUCGGAUCUGUGCGCGCUGAGGCAACCACAAACACAAAUCAACGUACCAAUGUGCCUUAUAUAGCACCAGAGACUUUCAAAGGAGUGAAAAGUGCACAGCCAUCGGAGGUAUACACCUGUAGCAUUAUCUUAUGGGAAAUGAUGUCGCGCAAACAGGUCUACGAAAACAUUGAUAGCUCUUUACAUAUAAUGCGCGAAUGUCUAAACGGAAUGCGUCCGAAUUUGGAGGACAUCAAAAUGGUUUAUCCUGAAGAAUUGAAAAAAUUGAUAGUCGACAGCUGGGAAGCGGAUCCUUCGAAACGUCCCAAGAUAAACCGUUUCGUUGAUUUCUUUUCAAAGUACUUUGAACAAAAUAAUAUUAUUGCCGCAGAUCUAAGCAUUUAAUGGAGCAUCUAAGAAGAAUCCAUUUCAGAUGUCCAUAUUUCCAAAUCUUAUAGAGAUUCCAUUGAAUACAAUAUGUGUGAAUUUCCUAUAAAUU